AUGGCGGGCCUGCGGCAGCCGCGGCCGGCGGCGCGCGGGAAGUACCCCCUCAACGACGACGUGCGCGGCCUGACGUACCGAGGCCUGAGCGUCGAGGACGCCUUCGCGAAAAUCUACGACACCAACGCGUGGGGCAAGGGCUCGGGCGCGGGCAGUGUGCCCGCGCACUGCCUGAAGUGGAUCGAGUUCGUCCGCCGCUUCAUCCGCGAGAGGGGCGUCAAGUCCGUCGUGGACCUCGGGUGCGGCGACUGGCAGUUCUCGCCCUACAUCUACCACGACCUCGACGUGGAGUACACGGGCUACGACGUCGUGCCGCGGGUCAUCGAGGCCAACAGGGCCGCCUGGGGAGACCAAGGGUACAGGUUCGAGCACCUGGAGUUCUCCACGCGCGUGGCGGAGAUCGCCCCCGCCGACCUGUACAUCCUGAAGGACGUGCUCCAGCACUGGAGCUCGGCAAGGGUGUCCCAGUUCCUGCGCGAGCUGCUCUCGGGCAGCGGCCGCUCUGGUCCCGCACGGCGCGGCCACGUGCUGGUCUGCAACUGCGCGGAGCCCGAGGACUGGCCGGAGGACGACGUGCUGGACGGCGGAUGGCGGCCCCUGGUCGCCUCGCGGUCGCCGCUGCUGGAGUUCUCUCCCGAGGUCCUGCUGCGCUUCCCGUCGCAGCCGAAUGCCAAG